CACACGUGCUAAAAGUUUUCACAAGCACCGUAACAAUCCUGAACAACAGUUCCAGCUGCUAAAUAGCCUUCCCUGCUGCCCUGGAUUACUGCUACUGUGUGGAUGAGAAGUGUUCUCAGGAUCUGACUCAUCUGUAGGAUCUCAGAGAAAGGUUAGGAUGGACAAAAUCUUCAGCCGCUGUAGAGAAUAUUAACAACUCGCUAUUUUCCAUCCGACCAAACACCUCAGUACCAGGUCAGUAUUCUACACAUUGCGGUCUCUACACUCCUGCUUCUGUUAUCAGCUCACACAUAGACGUGCCGUGUACCCAUUAUGGAGAUGGACAACUUAGCAGAUGGAGAAGAUGCUCAUAUGUUGAACGGAAGCGUGUCGGAAAGCCUGAACACAAGAGCAACACUGGAGGAAGGUACAAAGGCCAGAGAAAAACAAGGAAUACAAGGAAGAGUGGGAAUGGGUAAAUCAAGAUAUGAAGCUGAAGAGCCAGCCAGCCAAGAGCAGGAGGGAUUCCUGAAACAUGUCUCCAGUCAGAAAACCCAUUUCACUGACUUCGAAGGCAAGACGUCAUUUGGGAUGUCAGUGUUUAACCUGGGCAAUGCCAUUAUGGGCAGUGGGAUCUUAGGCCUGGCCUAUGCAAUGUCGAACACGGGGAUCAUUCUUUUCGUGAUCCUUUUAAUAUGCAUUGCUGUCUUGUCUGCUUAUUCCAUCCAUCUCCUCCUGAAGUGUUCAGGUGUUGUUGGUAUACGUGCCUACGAACAGCUUGGAAUGAGAGCAUUUGGACCUGUGGGGAAGAUUUUGGCAGCGUUAAUUAUAACCAUCCAUAAUGUGGGCGCUAUGUCCAGUUAUUUAUACAUUAUUAAAUCCGAGCUGCCACUCGUCAUCCAGACUUUCAUGGGGUUGACCGCGAAAACUGACGCUUGGUAUUUCCAAGGUAACCUGCUCAUCAUCAUUGUCACAAUCCUCAUCAUUCUCCCCCUCGCUCUCAUGAAACAUCUUGGUUAUCUGGGCUAUACAAGUGGCUUCUCUCUAAGCUGUAUGGUCUUCUUCUUGUGUGCGGUCAUAUACAAGAAGACUGUAAUACCUUGUCCUCUAAGCAACUCAACAACCACGGAGCAUAACCUCUACACUAAUGGCUACAAUACUACUUCUGCCACAGGGGAGGCGUGCACAGCUAAGAUGUUUACUCUCAACACUCAGACUGCAUAUGCCAUCCCUAUCGUUGCUUUUGCUUUUGUUUGCCACCCUGAAGUCCUGCCCAUAUAUACCGAGCUCCGCAGAGCUACCAAGUCCCGGAUGCAGAAUGUGGCCAACGUAUCCAUCCUUGCCAUGUUCAUCAUGUACCUGUUGACUGCAAUUUUUGGCUACUUGACUUUCUAUGGUGAAGUGGAAUCGGAGAUGUUGCACACAUACAUGAUGGUGGACCCUCUCGAUAAACUGAUGCUGUGUGUCCGCGUUGCUGUAUUGGUGGCCGUCACCCUCACUGUGCCAGUUGUCUUGUUCCCGAUCCGCAGAGCCAUCCAGCAGCUAGUCUGCCCAGGACAGGACUUUCGCUGGUGGAGACACAUCCUUAUUGCCGUGUGCUUGCUUUUUGUGGUCAACUUGCUGGUGAUCUUUAUUCCAAACAUCAAAGAUAUUUUUGGCGUCAUUGGAGCCACUUCAGCACCAAGCCUGAUUUUCAUCCUUCCAAGCAUAUUCUAUAUAAGAAUUGUUCCUAAUGAAAAGGAGCCACUGUUUUCUCGCCAAAAAAUUCAGGCUGCCAUCUUUGCCGCCUUGGGCUUCGUAUUUAUGAUCAUGAGUUUGAGUUUUAUCAUUGUGGACUGGACGACAACGGGAAAAAGCAACGUCGGGGGUCACUAGCCCCUACUUGGUUCCCCUCUCCCACUGGAUAAGGACAUUAGGCCAGUUCUCCUGAGACCUGUGUAGGCUCAAAGGACAGGUCUGUUGACCACAUCAAGAUCAGAAUAUUGGUUAUCGUUGCGGAAUUCAGGAGCAGCUGGCCAACAGGAGAGAGGGGCUCUCAGUCAUUGCAGGACAAGAUGAUGUAUGCCAAAAAAGUGCCCCAAGCCCAGAAUCACCUCCCCAUCCCCCCAGCUGCUGCAAGACGUCACUACAAUCACUGUUUGUGUUGCUUCCUUCUUCUUUGGUGUCUCGGUAACUGCAGGACCUUGACUGUCAGUCCUGUACACCAGUCGCUGGGGCAUACAGCGGUUUCCCUUGAGAAUUCAUGCAUGCCAGGUCACUUAUCCCCUGAUCUGUACCAAAAUCGUCAAAUCACAGUGCAUCUACCUCACUGACCCUGCAAGGCAAGGGUAUCUGUGUGUCGCACUCAGGGGGUUAGGUCAUCUCUCUGAGAUAGGCCACAGCACAAAUACACAGCAUUAUCAUGUGCCAUGUAGCACCACACAGUGAUACAGAGUAUCUCCAGGUGUCUGAAAACUGCCUUCACAUCCUUCCUUGGUGACUAUACAUCCUGAAGUAGAAUCACUACACUGCCUUUUUUAACAGGUCUGAAAUGACGUCUCCAAUUUACGGUUACAGAAGCCAUACAGGUUUUUUAUUGUAAGUGCCCUUGUUAUGUAAAGGACUUGAGACAGUUAAUGGAUUGGGAGCCACCCAUCCAUAAGGCAGCUGGUUCCAUCCAAGAAAGCGAUACUCUCUGCCCGACAAUCAAUCCUCCGUCCCGAUCACUGUGAAUCCUGUGGGAUCGCUGCGCCAUUUGAAUCAAUUGGCCUUCCCAUGUAACACACUCGCACACGUGUUGUGCUCAUGGAGAGCAGCUGAAAAUAUCUUGGUUUACAUGUGUGGAUUGUUAACUGAUCGAAUAUUUUAAUAAAUUUUAAACAAGU